AUUUGCUUCCUCGCCGGUACCAGAUGUUAUGAACAGGAGCAAAAACGUAUACAAACAACAGCUCAAAAUGUGCAUUUUUACACAGUAACAUUUAUAUAAUGUUGUUUUAUUCUGAAAUAAUAAUUGAUAAUCAAUGCCAGAUUAUCACUACAAAAGCAAAAACGAAUGCAUGAAAUUAAGUUUGUAUACGAUUUUACUUCAUGUACCGUCCCUUAUUCUUAACUUCAUGCCCUCUUCCUGAAAGUGCAAAACAACAGAUCCGCCUGUGUUUUAAUCACAUGACUCAAGUCAAGUCACAUGAACCACAUUCUGUGGUGAGGGAGAAACAAGCACGGCAAAAAAAAAAAAAAAGCCGAAAUCAUUGAAGUGAGUUCUACUGGGCGUCAAAACUGCAGAGCAAUCGAAGGAAGUGGUCUGGUUUGCUUAUCACUUUGGUGUGUUCGCUCACGUAAUUAAGUGGUGCACGUGUUCUUUAUCUGGAAAAUAAAUAAAUGGAAACAUCUGCACAUAAUUAAGGUGACGGUGGUAUGACCUUUGUUAAGAAGACCAGAUCUUUGACACAUAUGCUGCUGGUAGAAAACUAGCAGGAUUAAAAAAAAUAAAAAAAAUUAAGGUGCAACCAUUUCUAAUACCAUCUCUGUUCAUGGUCGCCAAGAUUUGAAGCCACCAAUUGGCAGACUAGUGUUCUAGAUCAAAAUACCACAAAUAUCAAAGUGUUCCAGUGUUCCAGGGUUCCAGCUUAGGGUCACAAUGGAGCUUCUGUCUGCCCGUGGCAGAUCUGUCUGGGAGAGAAUGAAGGCAAGCUUUUGGUAUGAAGCUUUGAAAAAGAAGCUGCCUAUUUUGGUGUGGCUGCCCAGGUACUCUGUGAAGUGGCUGCAGAUGGACCUGAUCGCUGGGAUGACGGUGGGACUGACAGUCGUUCCUCAGGCGCUUGCAUAUGCAGAAGUCGCUGGGUUACCUGUGCAGUAUGGCCUCUACUCCUCGUUUAUUGGCUGCUUUAUUUACUGUCUCCUGGGGACCUCUAAGGAUGUGACGCUGGGUCCAACGGCGAUUAUGUCCCUCCUGUGUGCUUCCUACAUAGGUCAUGACCCCGUGCAAGCGAUUCUGUUGACGUUCCUCUGCGGCUUCAUCCAGUUAGUGAUGGCCAUCAUGCACCUCGGCUUCCUGUUGGAUUUCAUCUCCUAUCCCGUGAUUAAAGGGUUCACCUCAUCUGCAGCUUUAACCAUUGGAUUUGGACAAGUCAAGAACAUUCUGGGACUUCAUGACAUUCCUCCGCAGUUUUUCCUGCAGUUUUACUACACGUUCCGGGACAUCUAUGAAACCAGAGUGGGCGAUCUCAUCCUUGGGUUAACCUCCAUUGCCCUUCUGGUGGUGCUGAAGGUCAUGAAAGACAGCUUGGCUCCGACUGAUGAAGACACUGCUGUGGUUGUCAAAGUGUGCCGCAUGGUGGUUUGGUUCUUUGCAACAGCCCGCAAUGCAUUUGUCGUGGUUGCAGCAGCUCUGGUGGCGUACGCCUGCGAGCUAAGCGGCACUAAAGUGUUCACACUAACCGGGAAAACCACCCAGGGCCUCCCGCCAUUCAAGCCACCCCAGUUCUACGAAGAUACUGGGAAUGAAAGUCUGCCCUUUAGCGAAAUGGUGAAGGAUUUAGGAGGUGGUCUGGCGGUGAUUCCACUCAUGGGUUUACUGGAGAGCUUAGCCAUAGCAAAGGCGUUUGCUAGUCAGAAUGAGUAUCGCAUCGACUCCAACCAGGAGCUCUUGGCUAUCGGUGUUACAAAUCUGCUGGGAUCUUUUUUUUCUGCCUAUCCUGUAACUGGGAGUUUUGGAAGGACAGCAGUGAAUUCCCAGACAGGGGUCUGUACUCCAGCUGGUGGAAUAGUCACAGGGGUGAUCGUGCUGCUGUCACUUGCUUUCCUGAUGCCUCUUUUCUACUACAUCCCCAAGGCUGCUCUGGCAGCUGUGAUCAUCUGCGCCGUGGCUCCCAUGUUUGACUACAAGGUCGUGAAAACACUUUGGAAAGUCAAGAAGUUGGAUCUGCUGCCCUUCCUGCUGACGUUCUUCAUGUGCUUCUGGGAAAUCCAGUAUGGGAUUGUUGCUGGGAUCAUCCUGUCUGGCUUCAUGCUGCUCUAUAAGGUUGCCAGACCCAAAUUAGAGGUUUCUGAUCAUGGCGUGCUGGUCAUAGUUCUAGACAGCGGGUUAAACUUUCCUUCUGCCGAGUAUCUCAGCGACACGUUGUACAGACAGGCUCUUCUAGUGUCUCGUCCUCGAUCAGUUAUCCUUGACUGCCGUCAUGUCAGCAGCAUCGACUACACCGUGGUGAACGAAAUCCAGGACCUGCUCCAGCAGUUCCGCCUCAACAAAGUCUCUCUGAUCUUCUCUGGCUUACGGAUUGUGAUUCUUGAGGUGCUGUUGGCAGCAGAUCUGAAGGGGCUGGAGCACACAGAAAGCGUGGAGGAAGCACUUCAGUCUCUCUCUGAACACCACAUUGUACAGGAGCAUGAUCAGAGUCUAUGCUGAGGAAUCCAAGGGAGAUGUAGCUUAUCUCAGUGUUCCCCCUUCUUCGGACAAUCCCCACCAGUUUGUGUGGACUCUUCUACAAGUACUAGGUGGCACUGUAAACUGUUAUGGACCAAAACAAUCCACAGCUGGUACAACUUUAUCAAGUACACAGUGUCCCCGAUGCUUGGUGAGGGUAGUAGUGUAUGCAAUAAGCAGAAGGAAAUGUCUAGUGAUUUACUUUACAUUGUUUACAAAACAUUUAUUUAAAAGCCUGGGCUUUUUUCUAAAACGUAAUUUGCCUAAGGACACGGUAUUGUUGCACUAUGGCAUAAUACUGACAGAAAAAAACAGAGCUUUUCUGUUGCCUUUUUCCAACACUAAAGAUGUGUUUACAUUUGACUUAUUUGCUGUUCAAGUUUCUCCAUUAGCGGUAGCGUACCCCCAAUGAGUUUUUUUAUACCCUAUUGUAAUGUAUGUAAAUUGAUGUAUGUACAAGUAAUUUAUUUUAGUAUUCUAUUAGCAGAGAACAUUUAAACAGAUGGGUUUAAUUAAAUUAAGUUCCACAAAUAUAGGGCAUGUCUAAUGCAAUAACUAAAAGAUUGACCAUCACUGCUGGAGAGAAGCACCCAGCGUGAGUUCAAGGCUAACUCCAGACCUGGCUUUGACCUUUGGAGUACCUUCAGAAUGAUUGGAGACUACAUCUAACAUCAAACUGAAAACGCUUGUCUGUUAUUAAAAGUGCAAUGUGACACAAAUCAGACAAUGUUUGGGAUACUACAGUAUGCAAGUGCACUUCAUUUUUUAAUAAUUGCUGACAGUUAAAUACAUUUGUAUCAUGAUUUAUACAUUUAUUUAAUCCAACUGUAAACAGCUGAUUCAAAUGUACAAUUAAACAAGCAAAAUGUAUAUUUUUGUACUGCUGUAAGGUACAGUAAUACAAUACAUACAAUGAC